AGACUUAAAAAGAAGAACGGUAUGAUUUGUUUUACGUGUUUGAAAGCAUUCUACUUUCUGAUACCCAUGAAUGGGAAACCUCGGUUUGAGUGCGAGGCCAUCUACUGUCACGCAAUGAGUUCAGCGGUAAUUUUGGAAAAUUGACAUUAAUAUGAAACCAGUCCUGAUAUUCAUCAAGAAAAUCGCUGUUUAGUUAGAAAAAGAACAUGAAGUUAGAUUCGUUAAAACCAUUGCUUAGUGGCCACUAUAUUUUGAAUCCUAUAGCUUGCUUAUUAUACGUUAUAUUACGGUGUUUGGAGCCGUUUUGUGGUUGGCUUUUCCCUGGUGAGGAAUGUCAAAUCAGCUGGCGGGACUUUGAGCUACUGUCAUUUCUUAUGAUUGUCCUUGCAGUUAAAAACAGAAAGUGGAAGCCAGCUUCUUGGCAAGAGAUAGCAUCAAUGGUGUUCUUGUUUAGCAAAAUUGCAAACUUUGUUCUUUUUGCACGGUCAGAUCUUAGGCUUGGUCUUAUUUACCUGAUCAUUUGCUUGGUUUUGUUUUUGUUAUUUCCUGAGCCAUCGUACAGUGGACCUGAUGAAAUAUUCUUCUUCAGAGGACCAGCACUUGAUGAUGCCUUACGUGAUAACCCUUCUGUCACAUGGUUGGUAGAAUUUUAUGCCCCCUGGUGCCCCCCCUGUGUCAGAUUUGCUCCAACAUUUGCCGAACUUUCUCUCAGAUACAACCACAGUCAUCUUCGGUUUGGAAAACUAGAUGUUGGAAAAUAUCCAAUUAUAGCCCAAAAGUACAAGGUAGAUGAAUCUGUCAUUUCUAAACAGCUUCCAAGUUUAAUUCUCUUUGAGGGUGGAAAGGAAACAAAAAGAAGGCCAUUGGUUGACAGGAAACGUGUUAUAACUCCUUAUACCUUCACUGAGGUCAACAUUGAACGAGAUUUCAACUUAAAGGAACUUAAGAAAUCUGCUGAGGACAGGCAAAAACUGGAAGAGAAGAACUCAAAGAAGACCAAAAAUAAGGACGAUUAACUGAUAAGAAAGGAAUUGAAUAAUUUACAAACUUAUUAGCUAACAAUAACACCUUUAUAAAGGAUUCAUUAGAUUCUGACUUCUGGUCAUUCUGCUGGCGUAUGAUGAAAGAAAAAGAGAAUGUUUUUGGUCGUUGGAACCGUACUAAGAGUGCAGAGAGAAAAAAAAAAAAAGAAACGACAGGUUCUUCUCAUUUCAGACAUUUCCCUCACAGCACCACUGUUAAUUCUUAAUACUGUUUCUUUUAUUUUUCGUAAAGUCACAACGAUCUUAUUAUUAGUUAGUUCCCUCAAUGGACUUUUGCGCACGUUACUUUUAGCGGAAAUCUGUUAUGGCUACACUUGACUACUGCUGUUCUUUGGAGAUGCAUUUCUAAUCGCUUACUGCAGCAUAACAAGAUCACUGGUUCUCUAACACUGUAAACUCAAGCGAGCUUUAUUUGGCUCAUUUUUAUUGAGAAAGGUGGAGUAGGAUAGGUAAAGGAAUGACGCAGUGUAAGGGGGAGUGAAAUAACUCAGUAAAGGGAGGGGUGGGCCACCACAGAGUAAGGGAGAAGUGGGCCACCACAGUGUAAGGGAGGGGUGGGCCACCAUGGUGUAAGGGAGGGGUGGGCCACCAUAGUGUAAGGGAGGGGUGGGCCACCACAGUGUAAGGGAGGGGUGGGCCACCACAGUGUAAGGGAGGGGUGGGCCACCACAGUGUAAGGGAGAGAAGGAAUGAACUCUCUAAUGGCCAAGGUGUGAGGAGUAUUAUUUAAACAUGUUUGUCCCUGCAAAUACAUUUAUGAAUACAUACUAUAAAAUAACAUAACGGAGGAAUCGCUUUUGAUCUCAGGAACGAGGUACCAGAGGUUGGGUAAACUAAACACGUCCUCCAACGUUGACAACUCUCUACGUCUUUCCAUUAGGAACACGCUAAGAAAAACCAUUUGAACGUCAUUUUAUGGUCAAAUAAACCUUUUAAACGACAAUGCGAGAACAAAGAGUCGUAAAUUUUUAACCUGUAAAGGAAAUAAAGAUUUCGUUUUUCGUUUAUGGUA